AUGGAUACAAAAUCUGACUGCUCGGAUUGGUAUUUUACAGGGAAUAUAAUUUUUCGUAGAAACAAUUUUAAAGAAAUAAGAAGAUCAAACGCUGGUAGAGGAACUGAACUACUUAAAAAGAUAAAUGAAUAUAAAGGUAGAAAUUGUUAUAUACCAACAGAUGGUAACUGUUUUAUCAAAUGCGUAAAUCAUGUUUUGAAAAAAGAUUUAAAAAAUAAAUUUCAAACAUUCAUUAAUACAUUUCCAAAAGCGAAUAGAAAAGGAGUAAUGACAUCUGCUAGAAUUAAUAAAUUCAAUGAGAAAUGUAAUACUUCAUUUCAAAUUUACACUCCCGAAAAUAGAAAUUUACGCCCCAGAGAAGUAAACAAUGAAUUAGAUUGGGUUUUAUAUUUACAUAACUCACAUUUCUGUCUUAUAAGAAGAAAUCAAAAAAGUUUAGGGAUUAAAGAAAUAGAAGAUAAUUAUGAACAGGUAUGGAAAACAUGUAGAGAUGAUAAUGCUGUAAAACAAGUAUCACCUUUGAAACUAAACGUAUUUCCAAAUAUGAGUGAUGAUACUUUAUUCGCUUGGGAUUGUGAAACAUAUUCAGAAAGUGAAACGCGUAAAGCAAUUCCUUAUUCCUGUACGUUACUUAAUUUAGAAAAACUAAGAAAAAAGUUAGAGAUGAUCCAAAAUAAUUUUCCAAAUCUAAAUCCCACUGAUAAUAUUCCAGAAGCAUUUUAUAACAAACUAAUGAAUAUAGUAGAAAUAUUUGUAGGUACAGAUUGUAUAGAUCAAAUGUUGAAAUAUUUAGGUCAAUAUGAUAAAAAAAGAUUAACAUUGGUUUCUCAUAACGGUAGUGGUUUUGAUAACUGGAUCAUAAUUAAAAACGUAAAGAAACUAACGCAAUGUCCACUAAUAACACCCAGAGGAAUUCUAUCUUUACCGUUAUCUAAUCCAUACACUGAUGAAGAUUUACAGAAAAGAUGGAAACGACAGAAAGAUAUAAAAGGUAACUCCAAUUAUUUACAACAUAUUAAUUUCACAUGCUCCUAUCAACAUGAAGUAUCUAGUUUAGCAGCAUGGGGAAAGUCGUCUAAUUUACCAAUGAUUUUGAGAAAGAUUGCUGAUGGUUGGUAUUAUUUGUAUCAUUACGAUAAAGAAAUGGUUGAAGAGACAUAUUACGAAAGCACAAGACUCGUUCCAAAACAUACUGAAAAACAAAAUAUAGAAAAAGUUUACUCUCACACUAAUCCUUUUAUAAGACAUUUCAUAAGACGAUCUAUUAAAGGAGGAAGGGUUUCUGCAAAUCGAAAAAUAUUUACCACUGAUAAACUCAAUGAAAUUUGUAAUGUGCUAAAGGAAUAUACACAAAGUGGACAAAGUGAAUAUACACAAAGUGAUGACGAGAACAUAAUUGAUUUAUUUAAAGAAUAUAGUAAAAGUGAUAAAGAUAAAACAGAGGUUAAUUCAAAACUUAAAAAUAUAAAAUGUUCUAAACUAAUGGCGUUUGAUGCUAAUGGUUUGUAUGCUUCUGCUAUGUCAGAUUUAGAUAGUGAAUAUCCCAAAGCAGAAAGUGGUAGACCGUUUUUACCAGAAGAAGAAGAAGAAUUUGUAAGACUCUUCAAUGAACAAAACUUUAGACCCAAAACUGCUAUUUUAACAGUUUGGUUUGAGUACCCCAAAAACAUGUUCUUCCAACCGAUACCAUCUAAAGAUAAAAUUAGUUUUAAGAACAAAGAAGGAAAAAAUGAAACUGGCACUAAAAUCAGAUUCAGAAAUGGUUUCUGUUAUGACGUUUUAACAUCGGUCGAUAUUCAAGAAAUAGUAAAAGCUGGUGGACGAAUUAUUAGAAUAUUAGAUGGUAUAGUAUACGAACAAAACUUUAGAACUCCUCCCUAUAGAGACUACAUUUUAAUUUUGAGAGAUCUAAGAAAUCAAUUCAAAAGGGAUGGUAAUAUCGUUGGUAGUAAUUGCAUGAAAUUAUUAGGUAAUGCCCUGUAUGGUAAAUCUAUUCAGAAGGAUAUAUCUUCAUCAAAACAUCUAUGGAGUGAAGUUACUUUAAAGGCUAACUUUGAUUCACAUGUUAAACACUAUGAAAAAAUAAAUGAUACUCAAUACAUCGUUGAUAUAGAAGAAGAAGAAAAAGAAAUAGAAGCUCCUAAAUCUACCACACGACUUACCCCUAGUCAUUUGGGAUCAUUCGUAUUAUCUCACAGUAAAAAAAUAAUGAACAAUUUUAUUCAUGUAAUAGAUGGGUUUUAUCAACCGGAAAUAUACUAUACCGAUACUGAUAGUUUAUACAUUUCAUCUAGCAAUUGGGAUAAAUUAAAUGAAGCUGGAUUAGUAUCCGAAAAUGAAUACUGUAAAGGAAAGAAUGAUUACGGUGAUGGUGGAAUUAUAUUCGGUUAA